CCAAUUGAUAUUUGGCCUGCGUAGCAUCAUCAUCAAACCAUCUUCUGAUCUCCCUUCACUUUGAUCACUCUCACUCACUCUCCUUUCUUCCCUCUCCACCCUCUUCAACAAUGUCUUCACACCCAUCAUUCUUUUUCCUCUUCUUCUUCCUGCUUCUCACCCUCCCACAUUAUUCCUCCGAGUACCUCAAAUUACCCUUACUUCCUCCCACCCCCCUCCCCUCUCCCUCCCAGCUCCUUGCCGCCGACCUCCGCCGCCUCUCCGUCAAGUCCCCCCUCACCUCCGGCGCCGCCACUGGCUCAGGCCAGUACUUCGCCGACCUCCGCCUCGGCUCCCCUCCCCAGCGCCUCCUCCUCGUCGCCGACACCGGCAGCGACCUCCUCUGGGUCAAAUGCUCCGCCUGCCGCCGCAACUGCUCCUCCUCCAUCUCCGCCUUCCUCCCCCGCCACUCCACCUCCUUCUCCCCCCACCACUGCUACGACUCGCCGUGUCAACUCGUCCCCCACCCCCCGAGUCACAAAAAUCGUCUCUGCCACAACCGCACCAAACUCCACACCCCAUGCCGCUACCAAUACUCCUACGCCGACGGGUCCACCUCCACCGGCUUCUUCUCCAAAGAAACAAUAACACUCAACACUACUAGCUCUACCCUACUAACAACACUCAAAAAGCUUUCCUUCGGAUGUGGGUUUAGAACCUCCGGCCCGAGCGUCACGGGCCACAGCUUUAACGGCGCGCAGGGCGUAAUGGGCCUGGGCCGCGGCCCGAUCUCCUUCACCUCCCAGCUCAGUAACACAAACACAAAACACACCUUCUCUUACUGUCUCCUCGACUACACCCUCUCCCCUCCCCCCACUAGCUACCUCACCAUCGGCCCCACCCCAAAUGACGCCGUUUCGCAGAACUCAUUCACUUACACACCGUUACUCACUAACCCUUUUUCUCCUUCCUUUUACUACAUUUCUAUUCAGAGUGUUUCCGUUGACGGCGUUAGGUUACCGAUAAGUGAAUCUGUUUUUCGGAUUGACGCCCACGGUAACGGCGGCACCGUCGUGGAUUCUGGCACCACGCUCAGUUUUCUCGCGGAGCCGGCUUACGGAAAGAUCCUCGCGGCGUUCCGGCUGCGCGUCAGGCUUCCGGCGGUGGAGAGCGCAGCCACGCUCGGGUUCGACCUUUGUGUGAAUGUCUCCGGCGUGGCGAGGCCGAGGCUGCCGCGUCUGAGAUUCCGGCUCGCCGGAAAAGCGGUUCUGUCUCCGCCGGCGGGAAAUUAUUUUAUUGAACCGGCGGAGGGAGUGAAGUGUCUCGCGGUUCAACCGGUUCGACCGGGUUCUGGGUUUUCGGUGAUUGGGAAUCUGAUGCAGCAGGGGUACUUGUUUGAGUUUGAUUUGGACCGGUCUCGGAUCGGGUUCACGCGUCACGGAUGCGCGGUUCGCUAAAGAACCCGAACAAAACAAAUCAAACCGCCUUUUGUUUUUAAAUGACACGGACUUGUUAUUAUUGCCACAUGUAAUUUUUGGGGGCACAUUUGGAUUAUUAUUGUGGGAAAUUUCGGUGGAAGAACGUUGUGAUGAUAUGUACUUCUUUUAUUUGGAAUUUUUUUUUGGUUUAUUCAUUAUUUAUCUUAAAAUAUUUUGUGCUGUGUAGAGUAUUUGAAGGGAAAAAAGAAAAGUGAAAUAAUGCUCGAGUUUGAUGUAAAUAAUUGAAGGUGUUUCGAGUA